AUGUCUCCUCAGAUAUUCCGUCAUGCUAGCCACAACAUCAAGCUAUCGGUAGCACCUAAACGUUCCUACGCAAAGGUCGUCAAUGCACCCGCUGCACAAAAGCUCAAGGUCAACGCGGACCGGCUUUGCCGGCGGUCUGUCGAGACUCAGUGGCACCACUUGGGACAAGAUGGCCGGGAUUGGUUCAAGGACCAAGUUCAGUCUCUUGGUGCAAAGACGUACACCGUCAAUAAAACUGGCUCGCAGUUUGCUACCUUCGACGGCGAAAACAGCGGCCUCCCUCCAAUUGCAAUGGGCUCCUACCUCGAUUCAGUCGCCACUGGCGGCAAGUUUGACGGGCCUUUGGGAGUUAUCGGUGCGCUAGAGGCCUUCAAGAGUAUGAAAGAGCAUGGCAUCAAAACGUAUGCCCCCAUUGCAUUGAUUAAUUGGACCAAUGAAGAGGGAGCUCGGUUCUUUCCCCCACUUGGGUCGUCAGUUGUCUAUGCUGGCGAGAAGGACGUCUCUGCAGCCUUCCAGAGCAAAGCCAACGACGGCAGCGGAGAGACGACGGGAGCCGCCCUCGAAUCCAUUGGAUAUGUUGGCGACGGCCCAAACACCUUUCAAGAGUGGCCUAUCUCCGCUCACUUCGAAAUCCAUGUCGAGCAACAGAGAAGGCUCGAAGAGGCGGGUAAGUCAGUCGGCUGGGUAGAGGGUUGGCAAGGCAUCGACUAUUAUGAGAUGACAUUCACCGGCGUCGAUGGCCACGCCAACACAUACGAUAUGCGCGGAAGGCGUGACAGCCUCAUCGGCGCCUCAAAUGUCAUGCUCGACUUGCAACACCUUGCUCUCGCCCACGGCGGCAUCACGACUGUGACAAAUAUCCAAUCCGGACCGAUCGGUGCAUGCAACAUCCAGUCCUGGACGAAAGUGGUCUUUUGCGUCGCAAAUGUGUCGAACGAAAGACUAGCAGCCAUGGGCCAGGAGAUCCUCGCUCGUGCAGAAGCUGAAGCCAAGCAGUCAGGCUUGGGUUACUCAGUUGAAAACGUCAUCGAUUUCCCGGCAGGCAAGUUCUGGCCGGAAGCUGUGGAUUGCGUUCGCAGGGCUUGUGGAGAUCGUGGCAUCGGAGCUGAUACGUGGACGGUGCAUGAUAGUUCCAUGACAACUCGCCUGUGUCCGACCGCGAUGGUCUUUGCGAGGGCGAAGGAUGGUGUCAGUCACAACCCAAAAGAGUGGACCAGCAAGGAGGAUUGUGCUGAGAGUGCUCUCGUCUUGGGUAGAGCAGUCCUGAACUACGAUCAACUCUUGCGCGAGAAGAGUGCUUGA